CUACGGUGGCCUGAAAGGAGAGACGAAUGCUGUGCGACCAAAUUUAUUGCUUCUAGGAUUUGCAGUCGAGAUGUCUUUCAAAAGGGAAGGAGACGAUUGGAGUCAACUCAAUGUGCUCAAAAAACGAAGAGUCGGUGACUUGCUGGCCAGUUAUAUCCCGGAGGAUGAGGCACUGAUGCUACGGGAUGGACGCUUUGCUUGUGCCAUUUGUCCUCACCGGCCUGUUCUGGACACCCUGGCCAUGCUGACUGCCCACCGUGCAGGGAAGAAGCAUUUGUCCAGCUUGCAGCGUUUUUAUGGAAAGAAGCAGCCAGGAAAUGGAAUGGAACAGAACCCAAGACCACAGAAUGAAUUGAGACAGGAGGAGACCAAAGUUGAGGCUCCUCUGCUGGCCCAGACUCGAUUAAUCACCCAGACUGCUCUGCACAGAGCUCCCCACUAUAACAGUUGCUGCCGCCGGAAGUACAGACCAGAAACCCCUGGUCCCUCCAUCUCCUGUUCCCCUUUGCCACCCCCAGAAGUUAAACUCCAAAGUGGGAAGAUGAGCAGGGAAUCUGAGCCAGAAGCUAGUCCACAGGCCAAGAAGUCAGCAACUGUCCCAGCCCCUGCACCCAUGAGUCCCACAAGAAGACGAGCCUUGGAUCAUUACCUCACCCUUCGAAGCUCUGGAUGGAUCCAGGAUGGACAGGGUCGAUGGGUGAAAGAUGAAAAUGUUGAGUUUGACUCUGAUGAAGAUGAACCCCCUGACCUCCCCUUGGACUGACACCCUCUUUCCCCAUUCAGUUCACAAAUAAACUUCAACAGGCGCUG